AUGAAAGCUGUUGCCAGGGAACCAGAUGCCAUGAACAGGCCACUUCAGCAGCAUAAGAAUACAAGCCGGACUUCAUUUCACUGUGCUGCCAUAGCAACCAGGAAACAACCUCCUCGCACAAUGAAAAGGAUGGUUGCUGUGGCCCAGAUCCAUAGAUGCACACGGCCGGUAACAGAGCAACCAGAACCAGGGGACAACAAGGGCUCAGCCCGAGAGGAUUACUUGAACUGGAAGUCCCCAGAAGACUAUGUUCUGGUCAGCAAACCCCAGGACGAGGAUAAAGCCAACCAGCAUUCCUGGAGCCUCUUUCUUCCUAAGACCUUCAGCACGAGAAAGGGGGCCCUGAUCCUCUAUUCAGAAGGCCUAGCCAUAUCAGCUUGGACGCCCAAAGAGAGAAGAGGCCCCUCCUACCUCAAAGGUCACAGAAAGAGGCUGGAUCUUGAACUGCACACACUUCAAGACCUCAAAGAAGCCAUUUUGGCAUAUGGGAGGAAACAGAAGGAGCCGGACAGAGCCUGGCAACCGUACCUCUACUUCCGAAGCCAGCCAGAGAGCCAGGCCCAACGGCAGAUCCAUCCUGGGUAUUCAGCCAAGAGAUACCUCCGAGGCCUCUUGCGGAUGUGGUCCCCUGACAGCAUAUACAGGCUCCAGUGUGCAGGACACAUCAAGGAUUCUGUACUGCUCCAAGACAGCCAACCUAAUGCGCCAAAGAGCCUCAGGCCACAUCAGGAUCUUUCAGGUGUGCCCCGCAAAUACCAUCUCUUGCCUGUCUUCCCUCCAUUUUGGAUUCAACAAGGAACAUCUUUUGAACAAGGUACAUGGCAGUCUGGGGCUGGUGGACAUGUGGACCAGGACUCUGUAGCCCAGAACCAUAGCAGUCAGGGGACUCACCUGCCACCACUCAGAAAGCAACCCUGGAAGGAAGAUGAAAUUCGGACAGAGGACACAUCAGUAGAGAAACACCUUUGUACACACACUUCAGAGGAAAGCCACAAUGGAAAGACACAACUAACCUCCAGAAAGGCCCUCGGGCAGGCCCGCAUUGGUCAUUCAUGGCUCCUCAGUGACAAAUCCCACAUUACAUUCUAUGGAGGCACCUUCCCCAACAGAAAGGCAGAUCUCAGUGACAAACAAGGGAACAUGAAACCCUACAAGGCCAGAGGUGGCCACUUGUCACAGGAGCCUCCUGCUGAAAGAUGCCUUUUCCCUCCUAUAGCAACUGCCACUGGCUUAGAGCAAAACACCCUUGGGAAAGCAAAGAAAAAAAAGGCACCAAAGACUUUGAAAUUACCUCCUGUCUCAGAAGAACCACCUAGAGUUCUUGAUCCCUUGAGAUGCCAGUUUAAAGCCAGUGAACCCCCAACAGAGCUCUUCAUCAUCCCAAUGGAGAUUCACUUCCCCACCCAACAUCCUCCAAAAGAAAAAGCCUGCAGAAGAGGUGUUCCACGCCCUGAAUCAGAACCAGAAAAAGAAGAGGCCACACCUUUAUGGAGGCCUCCCCUGAAGCAUGCAUCAUUUGGAAGGCCACGGGGGAUAACAGUGCAUCUUCCAGUGGACAUGGGCAGUGACACACCCUCACCUCAAGAUGACAAAGCCCUGAGCCAGAGUGUGACCCCACCGCAUCCUCUACCCCCCAUUAAAGGAAGGAAGUGUCCAGAGAGCCAGGGGAGCCUGGACAGCCUCAAGACAUCAGGUUGCAACAGCCCCACAGGUUCCCCAAACGUGAGAGCACUGUCAGCAGAACAAGACUCCAGAGAUCCCACACUGGGACACUUCUUGCUGGAUCCAGAUGGAGAAAACUCCUGCUUGACCCUCCCCGGACCCACAAGAACUGAGGUGCUUCCAUCGGGGGAAGCAAACACUGAAUCCAGAACCAAUCUUCACAUGAAUCUUUAUGAAACCUCACCUUUGACCCAAGCAACAGAGAAGCAGGAAAGUGGACAUGUACUGGACCUUCAUGAAGAACCAGGUGGACCCCUCAAAGAAAACGAUGAAGACAGCCAAGGAAUUACAAUGGUCCCUGUCUUCCAACCGGAGCAACUCAAGCCACCACCACCAGCCAGGAUCUGCAACUUCACCACAGGCAAAGCAGCCAGCAGGGGUGAUGAGGCUGCCUCAGACCGGCAAGGGAAGGAAGACUCAGAGGCAGAGAGUGUGACCUUUGACCCCCUCAGUGCUCCCCUGACUGAGCACACCCAGACCCCUGAGGCAGACACCAGGAAAAACAAGGCCAGAGAUUAUGGUGGACACCACCUGCACAGAGAACAGCCAGGACAUGGGCCUGAGUUGCCAGAGUUGAGUGCUGUGGAUAUAUCUCUUCUUCCAAAAGAAAGAGAAGGGAAGACCAAGGGAGGACCAAGCUUGCUCAACCAGCAGAUACCAGCUAGCCUCUAUUAUGACAGGGAGUUGAUGGAAAAGAUCAAGAGAAAGAAAAGAACCAAGACAAACAAGAGCAAAGCACCCAAUACAGAGAGAGAAGGAAAGGUCCCAGAGGCAGCAAAGGCUGUUGUAGGAAAGUCAAAAGUCUCAAAGAUGGAAAAGAAAUCAGAGCUAAUUCCCAAAGACAAAAAUCCAGGAGCUAAAAAGAAAAGGACACAGAAGGGAAGGAACGUGGAGAUGGCAACAGAGCUGAGUCAAACUGAUAUCACUAACUCCAAGGAAACAAGGGGCACCUCCAAUAGAGGCUUCCUCCGGUCACACUCUAUGGUAGAGGACCCUUGGCUUUCUCCUCCAUACGAUGCUGAGAGCCAGGUUUCUAUCGAUGGAAGAUCAUCACCCCCUCAGACUGUAGCUGUCACUAGCAAUGUGGACUCUGGAGAAGAGAGAAGCCCUGAAGACCCAGCCAAGGCCUUCCUUGCUAAGAGGGAGCUGGAGAAGCCCUCCCGGGAAAGGCUGCGAGCAGAGAGGGCCGAGAUGAGGCGGUUGCAGGUGGAGAGGAAGAGAAGGGAGCAGGAAGAGCUGAACAGGCUCCAGCAGGAGCAGCUGGAGAGAGCAGAGAAGAUGAAGGAGGAGCUGGAGCUGGAACAGCAGAAACGCAUGGAGGAGAUCUGCCUGAGGAAGCAGAGACUGGAAGAAGAACAGUGGCUGCAGGAGGAGGCAGAGAGGAAGCAUCGGCUCCAGGUGCAAGCGGCCCAGGAAAGGGCCCGGCAGCAGCAAGAGGAGCUCCGGAGGAAGCUGCAAGAAAUACAGAGAAAAAAGCAGCAGGAGGAAGCUGAGAGGGCUGAGGCAGAGAAGCAAAGGCAAAAGGAACUGGAAAUGCUGUUAGUGGAAGAACAAAAAUGUGUGAUGGAAAUGGCUGAAGAGGAACGACUGGAGUACCAGCGGCAGAAACUGGAGGCAGAGGAGAAGGCUCAGCUGGAGGCUGAGGAGAGGAGGCAAAGGGAAGAGGAAGCAGCAAGGUUGGCUCUGCAGGAAGCCAGAAAACAAGCCCAGGAAGAAGCCAGGCAAAAAGCUGCUUUGGAGAAACACCUUCAUCUCCAUAGAGAACUCCAUAAGGAAGCCAGUGGCCUGCAGUGGACACAGAACAUUUCUAGACCAUGGGUUUACUCUUACUUCCAGUACCUACAAAUACCCAGACCAUAAAGCUAGAAGAAAACUAAAAAGUAAGUUGAGAGGUGGUGACAGGAAAAAAGAGAAAACUUCCUUAUAAAGUUCCAUCCUGGGCCCAAUUAGUUCCUUUAUGUCUGGUUCACCUCAUCCCACACCUAACAUUUUCUUCACUCUGGAACCUUCAUUCUUACCACCCCUCCAUACCACACACACUCUAUUCAGCCCAUUAAACUCUUCACCUACUUAAAUUUUCAUGUUCUCUAGAACCAAUAAAUUCAGGAAUUUUGGUGCCUGUUCCUGAUUCCCUAAUUUCAGUUUGGAACACUAACAGGAUACUCAGAAUAUUUCAUUUUACACUGUCAGUGUGUUUAAGAGUUGCAGGUAAAUGGAAAUUAUGUAAGACUUAGCUAAGAGGAG